AUGGCACAGACAGGCGGCACAUACCAUCGCGAAUCGUCGUGGUCUUACAGUGUAAGCAUAGGCGAGCCUGAUGCGAGACCAUCAAAACCAAGCCAUGACGCCGAAAAAGGAGACGAGACGAAACUUAGCGAAGAUUGGGAGGUUGUCGAAUGGCCCAUCGCACAAUCCACUGUGGAGCCUGUGGAAGAGCCCGUUGUGGACGACACGGAACCAGAGGAACCAGGCUACCGUAGAGACAAAGAUGGCCCAUCGAACUUCAACCUCAUCCACAUCCACAUCAGCCUCGACAUCACCAACCUCACCUCCCUCCACAAUUUCAUCAAGUUCGUCAACUUCAACUUCGUCCUCUAG